AGUGGCUGUGGUGGUGGCCUUCUUCAUCUGCUGGGCGCCGUUUCACAUCCAAAGGUUGUACUCCAUCUACUACACUCAAAAAAGUGGGUCGCCUUCGUGGUACGUCCAUCUUAAAAUAUACGAGGUGGUCACCUAUGUCAGCGGCAUAUUGUACUACUUGUCUGCAACGAUCAACCCCAUACUUUACAACAUCAUGUCGAUCAAAUUCAGGGAAGCUUUCAAGGUAGGAAACGUUUGCGCGCUGCUGCAGCUUUCAUCACCUCAACCACGACAAGCCGGAGAGGUCCUACUCAGUGCUGUCUAGGUCGAACCAACGAGCAGCUGAUUCUACUACGGACUCUGGGUCACACGACCAUACCAUCCAGACCAAUACGUCUUCGCACAAAGCCAGUUCCUUGUACGACUCGCCACCGCCGAUUGGAGGUGGCGGAUUGCACUACUACCAUGGACGAAGCUUCAGGUGCAAGCCGUUGUCAGCGGUCGCCAAAGAGUCAGAAGCAACCUCACGGCACCUCCAUCCACCAAUACCAGGCACUGCUUGCGAAACAAGUCCAAGCCCACAACAUAGCCCAACCUACCUCUCCAUCCAGUUACAGGCUUCGCCCACAAGAUUCGGCAAAUUCAUGAGGCUGUUCAGAUGCAUAUCGAGCAGGACCUUUGAUGACAAUAAGCAUAAAUCUUCGUCGUAUUGCUACUCGACGGCUGUGAGGGAGCCCAACAUCUUUGAGCUGCAAAAGACGCUCAAGGGAUCGUUUAGGAGGUCCGGAAGUUAUCAAAGGUCGUGUAUAAGCAACAGCAGCUUGAGAGACAUCGAAACCGGAGCUAUUGAAGACGAACUGACUAUUUAUAUGAACGAACUGAAAAAUAGAGAGCUAUGCAGUUAGUAUACGAGGAACUAAUUUCAUUUUGUAAUAUUCAACCUACAUGCUUUCCACAAAAGAAGGUGGUCUGUAAAUCUGAAAAUGUAAAAAAGUCCAUUACUGUUAUAAUAUAAUGAUAUUAUUAUCUUGAUGGAUGCAUAUGUGAAGAAUACUGAAGGAUGGGAACAACUAUUUUAAGCUAGUUGCAGACGUUUCAGUGUUAUACAGUGUUAAGAGUUUCAACACUUAUAUUUCCAUCUCAGAAGUGUUAUGAAGUUGAUUAAGCCAAUUCAAAGCAUGUCAUUCCAUGCUAAUGAUUAAAGCUUCACAAUCAUUUAAAAGUCUCAGAAGUUAAGAAAAACAGCUCGACUGCGUAACUCCUAUUUUUUGUCGUAACAAGAUGGAAUGUCCGAUUAUACCAGAAGUAGUCUUGAAGGAUUUCUGAAUGAGACAAUAUGUAUACUCACAUUUACGGAUUUACGGAUGUUACAUCUAAAAAUUAUCCUUUCUUCUAGAUUGUAAAAUUAAUCUCUAUCCCAAUUUUUUUGUAACGUAUUUCAAUACCUCAGUUCUAAUCAUUUGAUGUUAUUUCCAAUAAAAUCGAAAGUAAAUACUAUCUUUAUUAGUUACGACAAAAAAUCAGUAAUUACAGAUAGAAAGUAUAUAUGUGAUCCAAACACAAAUUGAUACUUGCUCAAGAAAUUAUACUAAUGGUCCAGCUUUCUGUAACACCUAGUAUAUGCAAAAUCAAACUUCUCAAAUGCUUAAUCCCCAGUUUUAGGAUACACGUCGGGUUAUUUCUAUGUAAAGAAAAAUAAAAGUAAAAAGUAAGUUUGCAUUGUACCUAUCUAGAGUAAAUUGACGGUUGUAAAAUGGUUGUGUUAGUUUUUGGAUUAGCAUUAGGGGAGGGGUAAGGUAUUUACUGUUUCCCAUUCACUUUUUUUAUUUUUUUGUAUGGAUAUACAGCAUCUCAAAAAUAUUGUGUCAAAAAUCACAUUAAUCGGAGUCAAAUUCCUUAGAUUCUUGAAGCCCAUUCAUGCUUCAACUCAAGAUCUAAUGCACCAAUUCUUUUAAAAAUUCUCAUGAUCGUUCAUCACAUAAAUCACCGAUCAAGUUUUUUUGUUUUUCCAAUUAUUUUUAUUUCAUCAAUAAAAAAUAUAUCGAUCUUUUCAUCGAAAUUCGUGUUCUUGAUUUCACUUUGAAAAUAUAAUGGAAUAUAGUCAAAUCAUCAUAUUGUAUGGUACUUAAUUAAAUCAGCAUUACUUACAUUGACAAAAAACUUGAAAAUAUGCUAUUUUUCCACGCAAUUAACCUUACGUCCUCCCCUUAAACUUCGACUCAAGUCAUAGUCCAAGCAACUUCUAGUCUUACGAUAUGAUAUGGCUUUCUAUGUUGUUAAAUAAUUCAUUAAGUUUGUUAAGAAAUGUAAUAAAAUGUACUUUGAGAAACAAAAAUA